AUGGCUAAGAAGGCUAUCCAAUUCGGUGGUGGUAACAUCGGUCGUGGCUUCGUUGCCGAGUUCCUCCAUGAGGCUGGCUACGAGGUCGUCUUCGUUGAUGUGAUGGACCAAACCGUCAACGCCCUUCAGAACGCAGACUCGUACGAGGUCACUGAGGUUAGCGAGGAAGGUGAGAAGACCAAGACCAUCACCAACUUCCGCGCCAUCAACUCCAAGACCCACGAGAGCGAUGUCAUCCAAGAGAUCGCCACUGCCGAUGUGGUCACUUGCGCCGUCGGUCCCAACAUUCUCAAGUUCAUUGCCCCUGUGAUUGCCAAGGGUAUCGAUGCGCGCACAAUGGAGAAGCCCGUGGCUGUCAUCGCCUGCGAGAACGCCAUUGGUGCUACUGAUACACUCCAUGGUUUCAUCAAGCAACACACCGCCGAAGAUCGCGUCGAGACUCUGUAUAACCGUGCCCAGUUCGCCAACUCGGCCAUCGACCGUAUUGUCCCCAACCAGCCUCCCAACGCCGGUCUCAACGUCCGCAUCGAGAAGUUCUACGAAUGGGUUGUCGAGAAGACUCCCUUUGGCGAUGUCGGCCACCCAGAUAUCCCUGCCAUUCAUUGGGUUGACCACCUCGAGCCCUACAUCGAACGCAAGCUGUUCACCGUCAACACUGGCCAUGCUACCACAGCCUACUUUGGUCACAUCCGCGGCAAGCGCAUGAUCGCCGAGGCAUUGGCUGACCCGGAGAUCAAGGAGAUGGUGCACAAAGUCCUUGGCGAGACUGCCUCCCUCAUUACCGACAAGCACGAGAUAUCAGACGAGGAGCAGAAGGAGUACGUUGACAAGAUCAUCCAGCGUAUCUCCAACCCCUACUUGGAGGACAACGUUGAUCGUGUGGGACGCGCUCCACUGCGCAAGCUCUCCCGCAAGGAGCGGUUCAUCGGACCUGCUGCCCAGCUCGCCGAGCGCGGUCAGAAGUACGAUGCCUUGAUGGAUGCGGUCGAGAUGGCUCUGCGCUUCCAGAACGUGCCUGGUGACCAAGAGAGUGCUGAACUCGCCGACAUCCUCAAGGAACAGUCCCCUGAGUCGGCCACCAGCCAUCUAACCGGCCUGGAGGAGAAGCACCCUCUGUACCCCGCGGUCCUCGAACGGGUGCGCAAGGUGCAGGGAGUCAAGGUCUAA